GUUGCGCUUCUCAGCUUCCGAGGCGACGAACAAACACCCUCCCUCCACCUUCUCCUUCCCCUAUUUGUGUCGUCCACCUACUCCGGCGCCGUCUCAGCUCCCGCACGCCCCACUUCUCCUCCCGAUGUACUGUUCCUAGAAAAACCUCCGGCGAAUGUGAGGCCGCUGUGCCUGUGCGCAUGCACAGCGUAGUCAUCUAUCUUCUCCACCUCCUGGCUGCAAUCUCUGCUCUUCUCAGUUCUCACCGUGUUUCUUUCCAAAGAUCCCAUCCAUCAUGGGCGGCGGCGGUGGCUGUGCAGACGGGGACGGGGACUGGGCGGUCCUUCCCUCCCCUCCGCUCUCUGACGUCACCGUCGCCCUCGUCGGGAAGAUCAGCAUCGGGAAGAACGCCAUCGCCAACUGCAUCCUCGGCACCCACGCCUUUGCGCCCGAGUUCGCCUACGUGAGCGUCACCGAGACCUGCCAGAAGAGCAGCGCCACCUUCCACGACGGCUGCGGCGCCACACGCACCGUCAACGUCAUUGACACCCCAGGCUUAUUAUUUGACAUGGAGAUCUCAACUGAAGAUUCCCGUAAAGAAAUCAUCAAAUGUAUUGAGAUGAUUAAAGAUGGCAUACAUGCCAUGAUUAUGGUGUUCUCGGCCACAUCACUGUUUUCUUGUGAAGAGCAGAAUAUAGUUGAGUCGAUUAAAUUGUCUUUCGGUGACAAAAUCUUUGACCACAUUAUAUUAGUAUUCACACAUGGGGAUGCAAUGGGCAACGAAGUUGCUUGGAAGAAAAUGCUAGCCGUGAGGUCCCCGGUUUAUCUCCAGGAAAUGAUAAAGCUAUGCCAAGAUAGGGUUGUUCUCUUUGACAACAUGACCGAUAAUAUUGAGUGCCGUGAGAUGCAACGCAGGAAAUUGCUUGCUGCAGUUGACUUUGUUAUAUCAAGCAAUGGUGGCAAAGCAUUUUUCUACCAGAUGCUCCCUCACAUUCAGGAAGCAAAAGACGGACAACAUGAGAUUAGUGUUCAUGGAUGUUCAGCAGAACGGAUUUAUGAACAACCGACAAGCAUAACAAAGAAGGUAAAACAUUUUUGGAGGCUCGUCAACCUCUGUUUUUUUCGAGGGUACGCCAAUGGCGUACCUUAGCUU